AUGGAGCCCCCAGGCCAGUGGCCCCUGCAGGAGCUCCCCCCAGGAGAGUCCGUGCCUGAGGACUCAAGUCCCGAGGCGGCUCCCAGCAAGCAUGUCCUCUACGUGGGCCACCUGAACCCCCAGCUCUCGGUGCCCGUGCUCGCCUGCCUGCUGCGUGACGCCCUGGAGCGGCUCGAGCUGCCAGUGGCACGGGAGCACAUCGAGGUGGUGCGGCGGCCACACAGGGCCUACGCGCUAGUGCAGGUGGCCACUCACGAGGACACCCUGGCUGCCCUGCCCUGGCGCCUGCACAUGGCCUUGGAGAAGCACCAGAUCAUCAAGGAGCUGGCGGCCCGUGGGAAGGAGCUGGUGCUGGGUGAGGGCCGGGGCCCCUCAAACCGCAGAGAGCAGGAGGAGGACAGCGGCCCGAGCCCAGGCCCCAGCCCUGGGCCCAUCCUGAGCUCCAGCCCCUCGCCGGCCUGGCUUGCCCAACCCCUUCCUACCCAGGCCCCCACCGCACAGCUGGGCUCCCCAGGCCGGCCCAGCGGCGUGCGCUCAGACAGCGCCAUCGUGCACCAGCAGAUCUUGGGCCAGGAGCGCCUCUUCCAGGGCGCCUUCCUGGGCAGCGAGACACGCAACAUGGAGUUCAAGCGGGGCGGCGGCGAGUACCUGAGCCAGGCCUUCAAGCACCACUUGCGGCGCUAUGUGUGCGCCUUCCUCAACAGCGAGGGCGGCAGCCUGCUGGUGGGCGUGGAGGACAGCGGCCUGGUGCAGGGCAUCCGCUGCAGCCACCAUGACGAGGACCGCGUGCGCCUGCUGGUGGACUCCAUCCUGCAGGGCUUCAAGCCCCAGGUCUUCCCCGACGCCUACAAGCUCACCUUCAUCCCCGUGGUCAGCGCCUCCGCCACCAACACCCCCCUCAAGGUGAUCCGCCUGAGCGUGCACGCCCCCAAGGCCCAGGCCGAGCCGCAGCUCUACGAGACCGACCAGGGGGAGGUGUUCCUGCGGCGGGACGGGAGCAUCCAGGGCCCGCUGUCCAUCCACGCCAUCCAGGAGUGGUGUCGGCAGAAGUGGAUGGCUGAGCUGAGCAAGCUGGAGGAGAAGCUGCAGGUGCUGACGGCCGAGAAGGAGCAGCUCCAGCAGCAGCUGCAGCAGCACAGGCCCAUCUCCUGCACCUGCUGCGUCCUGUGAGGGCCCCACGCUCUACCUGGAACAUGCAGGCCUUUCCUGUUUGACCCCACAUCCCCCAGUAAAACCAGUCUGGGCUGCUCAGAGGUGGACGAGAGCACCACGCUUGCCGGCUCUGUCUAUGACAGGGCGCACAUGGGCUGCUCCCCACGCGGGGUCCGUCCUGAACAAACCCCCGU